GGAGGUACUUCCUGCUUCCUCUCCAGCACAGGCUGAUCUCGGGGCCCGGGGCUCUGCGGGGGGAUCUCCAUGGCUCUGGUCAGGUUGUGUUAGGCAGGCGGAGGGCCCCCCCCCCCCCCCUGGACGUCACCCAGAUGAUCUGCUCAGUGACGGCUGGAGACAGACUGAGUCUCUCCUCCACCCGGAGGGAGCUGGAGAAACCCCCGCCGGAGGGCGACACGGCACAGGCUCCGGUGACCUUUGAUGAUGUGGCAGCUUACUUCUCGGAGGACGAGUGGAAGGACCUGGAAGAAUGUCAGAAGGAACUCUACAAAGAUAUGAUGAAAGAGAAUUAUGAGGCGCUAAUAUCUCUGGAGGAAGGACCAGCGAAUGACAAAGAGAAGAUUAUCUCCAAGUACAACGAGAAGUUGGACAAUGUUGUCCCGUCGGCACUGCCCGUCUUGGAUCCCUCUUCGGCAUGUCCUGGCAUUGUGGGUAACAGUAGCAGUCAGUCUGCCAGCGGUCAGCCCCAGAGGAACAAGGAAGAGGUCAGCACUGAACACAUCCCAGCCUACCUGGACAACUUCAGCCCCGGCAUGGCCCAGGCCGACCCUACCAGGGACGAGGGGGAGAAAGCCUACCGGUGCACAGAGUGUGGGAAGAACUUCCGAAAGCGGGACAGCCUAAAGCGCCACCAGCAGACGCACACAGGGGAGCGCCCCUACAACUGCAUAGAGUGUGGGAAGAGCUUCAUCCAGAAGCAGCACUUGGUCACCCACCUCCGGACCCACACGGGGGAACGGCCUUUCAAAUGCGAGGAGUGCGGGAAGAGCCUUAGCACCAACGAACGGCUGAAGAUCCACCAGAGGAUCCACACCGGGGAACGGCCCUACAAGUGCGAAGACUGCGGCAAGAGUUUUCGAGCCCACCGGGUGCUGAAGGUUCACCAGCAGACCCACACCGGCGAGCGCAUCCACAAGUGCGAGGAGUGCGGCAAACGCUUUCGGCACAAGCAGACGCUCAUGGCCCACCAGAGGAGCCAUUCUGGGGAGACCAGUUACAGCUGUAACGAGUGUGAUGAGAGUUUCCGAACCUUCAAGCACCUAAAGUUCCACCAAAAGCUGCACCGCGGAGAAAAGCCACAUGAGUGCGAGGACUGCGGCAAGGGGUUUCGAAAACGAGAGCACUUGAGGCGACAUCAGCAGAUCCACACGGGUGAACGUCCUUUCUCCUGUGAGGAAUGCGGCAAGGGCUUUAUCCAGAAGCAUCACCUUAUCCGCCACCAGAGGACCCAUUCUGGUGAACGACCUUUCACUGUGGUCAUUGUAGAAGAGUUACCGUACUCUAACCCAACCAAUGGCAACUGCCGAGGCAGCCCCCACAUUUGCAGCGAGUGCGGAAAAAGCUUUACCACAUACGAGCACCUGAAGAGACACAACCGGCUCCACACUGGCCAGCGGCCUAACAAGUGUGACGACUGUGGCAGGACCUUUAAGUCUCAGAAGCUCUUGAAAGCCCAUAAAAAGGCCCAGGAUGAGGAGACGGGGCAGUGCCGGGAUGAAGACAGCGAGAACGGCGAGAGCCAGCGCCCGGCACCCGGAGAGAAGCCGUUCGAGUGCGGCGAGUGCGGCAAAAUGUUCCGCUUCCUGAAGCACUUGAAGUUCCACCUUCACACCCACACCGGCGAGAGGCCCUUCAAGUGCGAGUCUUGCCAGAAAACCUUUCGCAAACGGGACUGCCUGAAGAGGCACCAGCAGAUCCACACAGGGGAGCGACCGUUCACCUGCGCCGACUGCGGCAAGGGCUUCAUCCAGAAGCAGCACUUGGUGAGACACCAGAGGACUCACACCGGGGAGCGCCCCUACAUCUGCAGCGAGUGCGGCAAAACGUUCAGCACCUGCGAGCAUCUGAAGAUCCACGGCCGCACCCACACGGGGGAAAAACCGUACAAGUGCAACGACUGCGGGCAAAGCUUCCGGAAGCGGGAGUACCUCAAGUGCCACCAGCAGACCCACACCGGAGAACGACCCUUUACCUGCUCCGAGUGCGGCAAAAGCUUCAUCCAGAAGCACCACCUCAUUGCACAUCUCCGUACCCAUACCGGGGAAAGACCUUACCAGUGUAAUGACUGCGGCAAAACUUUUCGGCACAAGCAGAAUCUAACCACGCACCAAAAGAUCCAUGGCAUUGGCUUGUAAGGUCAAAAAUGAAUGGCUUUUUUUUAAAAAAGUU